AUGAAUCUGAUAGUUUUUGUCUAUUUUCUCUUACAAUCACAUUUAAAUCAAACAAUGAAUAUUUCAUGUGAAUGUGCUCAUAUUAUUGAAGAAAAUAAGUGUAAUAAUUCACAAAAGUGUUUAUGGAACAAUAUGAAUGAAAAAUGUUAAAUAAAUGUGAAUGCUGAAUCUUAAAAUCAAAUUUUAUCCUAUUGUUCAUAAUUUAUGGAGGAUGAAUGUAUUUUAAAUAAGAAAUGUGCAUUUCACUUAGGAAAAUGCUAAGAUUUUACGAAAUGCGAUGACUUAUUAAAAGAUAAAUGUUUAACAUCAUCUUUUUGGUGUAUUUCAAAUGGAUAAAUUUGUAUUCCUAAGAAUGAAUGCCAAGAAUAUUAAAAUAAAUAAGUAUGUCACAAUAAAAAUAUUAAUGGGAAAUUUUGUAUAUGGAAAAUGACAAAUGAUGGUCAUAAAUGUUAAAAUAUAGAAAGUUGUGAAGAAUUGCCAUAAAUCUUAAAUACAGAUUAUGAAUGCAGAGAAUAAAUUAGCUAUUGCACAACAUCUAAUUUAGGUGGAUGUAUGAGAUCAAAAGAUUAUUGUAAUAUGUAUACUUAAGAGGAGUAAUGCUUUUAAAGUUAUAAUAAUAUAAAGUGUUUUUGGGAAGAAACAUUAAAUAAAUGUUUUGAGAAAAAUUGUACUAAUAAAUAUUUAAGUACUCAUGAAGAAUGCUAGAAGUUUUUAUCAAAUUGCACUAGUAAUGGAAGUUAAUGUAUAGAGAAAUCAACAUGUUAAUCAUAUACUAAAUAAUAUGGAUGUGUUAUAGAUAAUCUAGGGAAUCCUUGUAUUUAUUAUUAAGGACAAUGCUAUUAGAAAAGUUGUGUUUAAGCACCGAUAAUAGUAAAAUCAAUGCUUUAAUGUUAAUUAUUUGAUAAUGGCAAUUAAUUCUGUGUUCCAAAAAGAAAUGGUGGAUGCAAAAUAACACCAAAUUAAUGUGAUUAAUUAGAAACGUAAGAUUCUUGUCAAAUAGUUAAUUAACUUGUAGGUAGAUAUUGUAUAUGGGAUGAAAGAAUAUAAAUAUGUAAAGUAAAAGAAUGUAAAGAUGCUCCUUUAAAUUUUGAUCAUAAUUAAUGUAUAUAUUGGCUAGAUGAUUAUGAAUGUAUAAGUGGAUAAGGAAAUGGUUGUAUUUAAAAUUUUGAGAAUUGUAAUGAUAUUAAGAAUCUGAAAAGUUGUGUAAAAAAUAAAAAUAGGAAAUAAUGUGUUAUUGAAAAUGAUGAAUGUUUUGAAGAAGAAUGUAAAAGUUUUAAAUAUCCUAAAUAUGAUACAAAUUAAAAAUGUUCAGAUAGAUUAAGUAUUUGCACUUAUAAUUAUUUAACUAAAAGUUGUGUUAAUAAAAUAUGCGAAAACUUAUCUGAAAAGGAAUGUAAUUAUGAUUUUGAGAUGAAUAAAUGUUUGAUACCCUCUGGUUGUUAACAUAAAAGAUGUGAAUCAGCUUCAUUGCAUCUAAGUUCAUAUGAAGAUUGUCAAAAUUGGGAUAUUAAAUGUACAAUAAAUGUAAUUGUUACUAUAGAUAUGGUAUAUUUGAAUGGAUGUAUAACUAAAUAUUUGGAAUGCAACUAAUUUAAGUAUUAAUAAUAAUGUAAAUCAACCUUAUAAGGGAUUCCAUGCUAUUGGAAUAUUGAAGUAAAAUAAUGUGAAUUUUAAACUUGCAAUAAUGCUCCAUUCUCAUUUAAUACAAUAUCUUAAUGUUAAGAAUGGGUUAAGUAUCACAAUUAGAAAUGUGUUAAUAAAUAGAAUGGGGGAUGCAUUGAAUAAUUUCCUUAAUGUUAGUAAUUAACUGAAGAGUUGCAAUGUAAUAUUGGUUCAUUGAACAAUUUAUGCUUUUGGAAUACUCAAACUAAUAAUUGUGAAGAUAGAACUUGUAUGAAUGCAUAUACAACCUUUAAUACUAAUUUAAAAUGUAGAUAAUGGUUAUCAUCUUGUAAAUUAAAUAAGUCUGGAUUAGGAUGUGAAACUGAUUCUGGAAUAUAUGAUUUAUGUACUGAUGCACCAGAAAUAGAAUAAUUUAGCACACAUGAAGAAUGCUAAGCAUUAAAUCCCAAAUGUACACUUAAAUUAGGAUCUAGUUGUGCUAUUAAAUUAAAUUGUGAAAGUUAUUUAAUUUAAAAUGAAUGUUUGAUUGAUGUUAACAAUUAGCCAUGUAAGUGGAAUGGAACAACUUGUAUAACAUAGAGAUGCACUGAUAUCCCAAUUACACCUACUAGCUAAAAUGAUUGUCUUUUAUUUUCUAGUAUAUGUAUGAUAUAAACUUAAAAUGUAACAUGCAUAGAAAAAAAACCAAAUUGUACUGAAUAUAAUAAUGUUUCUGAUUGUAAUGUUAAUUCUGCAGGUUAAAAAUGUUAAAUGGACACUCCAACUUGUUUAGUUGUAAAAGAUUUAAUUUAUGCUACAUCGUAUUAUUGUAGCUAUGAAAAUAAGGAUACAGGAUUUCUAUAUUAAUAUAGUUUUUCAGAUUAAUGUAUUGAAACUCCCUAAGUUUGUAGUUCAGUUCCUUAAAUUUAUUGUAAUGAAAUAGUAACAAUCAAUAAUGAAAUAUGUUCAUAUGAUGGCACUCAAUGUUAAGUCCUAAAUUUAUAAUCAAAUCCAUAGGAAGAUUGCAGAAGAUAUAAUUCACAAAUUACAUAACGACAAUGUAAAUAGUAUUCAAAUACUUGUGAAUUAGAUUUUAUUCAAUAAUUUCGUUGUACAUAUACUUCUUGCUUAAAUGUUUUGAAAGGUUAAUGCGAAUUCAUCACCCUGAAUAAUAAUAUUCAAUGUGCCUGGAAUAAUUCUACAUGCCAAGUAAGAACUUGUAAUAACAUGAGUGAAGAAUAUAGUUCCGUUUACUAAUGUAUAUAAUGGCUAGAUUCUUGCUCGUAUGAUUAAACAAACAAUAUUUGUAAUGAUAGGACUUCAUGCUCUUAAGAAACAUCUAAGUUUUUAUGUAAUUAAGCCUCAUAUAUUAAUCAAUAGGGGAAAAAAGUUUAUUGCUAUUGGAAUUCAAACGAAUGUUCUGAUAUUACCUUAUGUGCAUAAAUUUAAAAUCCAAUCUCACAUAGAAUGUGUCAAGAUAAACUGCCAUCUUGCACUUCUUAAACUUCUUCCUAAAUUUCUAUCUGUGUUGAGACACCUUUGUUUUGUAAUUAGAUUUAAAAUUAUGAUCAAUGUUUGAGAAAUUCUAAAUAUGAGAGAUGUUAAUGGUCUUACGGACUAUGCUUUUAAUUUAGUUGUAAAUUGUAAUUUUUACCUACAUUUUAUGCGCCAAUUCGAUAUUAAUUUUGCAAAAAUAGGUAACCAUUUUGUGUAUUUAAUCCAUAAAAUUCUUCGUGCGAGGAACUUAAUUAAUGCUAAUUGAUUCCAUACUAAAUAAUUAAUGAAUAGAAUUGUGUAAAUUUUAGUUAUCUUUGUAGAAUAAAUGAGUAAUAUGAUAGUUGUAUUAGGAAUACAAAAUGCUCUUAAGCAUCUACAUAUUUUCAAUAUCAAUGUGAUUUAUUUCUACUGCAUAAAAAAUGCAGGAGAAAAGAGUUUAAAUAUAGCUGCUAACCUAAAGCUUAAUUUUGUUGGCAAUAUCAAAAAUUAGAAAAUUGUAAAUUUGAUUAUCAAUAAAAUAAAUGCUACUGGAAGGUAUCUUUAAAUUAAUGCGUCAAUUUUUCAUGCAACUAGAUUGACCAAUAGGUUUAGUCCCAUUAGGAUUGUUAAUAAAUAUCAUCUGAUUGUACUAUCAAUAUUUAAGAUUCAAUAUAUUCAUGUUUAAAUUUACUUUAAUGUGAAUUAUAUUAAUAUGAAUAAUAAUGUGUUAUUAAUUAGAAUCAUUAGAUUUGUAGUUGGAUAGAUAACAAAUGCAUUUUUGAUAAUUGUAGAAAUGCUGCUAAAAAUAUUAUUUAUAAUGUUGAAUCAUGUGAGAAUAAUUAUGGUAGUAAUUGCACUAUCAAUGAGGAUAGAUCUGGAUGUAUAAUAAAAUAAAAAAUGUGUAAAUAUUACAAUCAAUUCUAAUGUUUAACUCCUAAUUAAAGAAACUUAUCUGGAUUACUUUGCUUUUGGGAUUAAAUGAAUUAAAUUUGUUCAGAACCAAUUUGUGAUUAAGCUCCUUAGAAUUAUAAUUAAUUAUUUGAAUGUUAAUCUUUUAAUUAUAACUGCUAACCUUCCUAAUGUAGAUAAGCCAAAUGCGAAGAUUUUAAAUAUAACACAGAUACUAAAUGCUAAUUUGCACUUUCUAAUAGUUAAUGCACUACAAAUGGUUUAUAAUGUGUUUAAAGGAAAUAAUGUGAAAAUGCAAUAAAUUCUUAGGCAUGCACUUAUUCAAUAGAUUUUCAAGAUUGUUAAUGGUUAGAAGAUGAAAAUUAGUGCUUUCUUAAAUCUUGUGAUUCUGCACCUAGUAGCAUUAAAACACAUUAAGAAUGUUAAGAGUACUUUAUAGGAUGCACUGCUAAGUUAAAUGGAGGUUGUAUUUAAAUUACAACAUGUAAUUCAAUUUAAAUUAAAGAAGGAUGCAUAAUAGAUUAAUUUAAAGUUAAUUGUUUAUGGGAUGAAGGUAAGAAUUAAUGUAUUUAUUUGCUGUGUGAUACUAUUUGUGGAGAUGGGAUUGUAGGUUACAAUGAAGAAUGUGAUGAUGGAAAUUUGUUACCUUAUGAUGGGUGUUAUAAAUGUAAAAUAUAAUGUUAAUAUGGUUGUAAUAUUUGUGCCUAAAAAAUGUGUUUGGAUUGUGCAAUCGGUUAUGAAUUAAGUUUGGAUGGCUUAUGUUAUGAAAUUUGUGGUGAUGGUUUAAUUAUUGGAAAAGAAGAAUGUGAUGAUAUGAAUAAAAUCUAAGAAGAUGGCUGUUUUGACUGUAAAUUCUAGUGCCAUCGCUAAUGUCUCAUAUGCGCUUAAGGUAUAUGCUAACUUUGCUAAAAUGGUUGGGAAUAAUACAAUAAUCAAUGCAGAUCUGUUUGUGGAAAUGGUCAGUUAGUUGAGGAAUAUGAAUAAUGUGAUGAUGGCAAUAUUGAUAAUUUUGAUGGUUGUGAUUUAAAUUGUAAAGUUGAAAAAGAUUGGAUCUGUAAUUAAUCAUUAAUUACAGGAUUGAGUGAAUGUAUAAAUUAAGAAGCUCCAAAAAUCUAAUUAAUUAACCUAUCUUAAAAAAAAAAUAGUGAACAAAUUAUAAUGAUUUCAUUUAAUUAAUAAAUCAAGUUGAAACAACUUUGUAGUUUAGAAGAUUAUAUUAAAAUUAAUGUUACAAAGGAUGUAAACUUUGAUUACACUAUAGUUCCUAUUAAUUAGGCAACUUAAAAAUUAGGAAAUGUCGAAUAUUAAAUUUCAAUAAAGUUAUUAGAAUCAGUUUAAGAACCUUUUGCAACUGUGUCAUUUUUAGAAUCAAUUUUUGUUAAUAAUCUCGAUCAAGAGUUAGCAUUGUUAUCUUAAUCUAUAAGUCUAGGUACUCCUUUAAUUUUAUCUCUUGAAGCAAAGAAUAGAUUAGAUAGUACAAUAUAAUUCAAUGAAAUCAUGAUUUAUGUAUUUAUAGCAUCUUCCACUCUAUCUGUAUUAACAGGCAAUUUUGAUUUAUUUUUCAAUAUGCUUGCACUUUUAUAAUAAUUAUCCUAUGUACGAUAUUUAGCUGUACCAUAUCCAAGUCAUUUAGAAUAGUAUUUAAAAAUUUUUAAAAUUAUAUCAUUCUAACCUUUGUAUGAUAAAUUACAGAUUGACUAUUAUUUUUCGAAAUUAAAUUUUGGUAAAACACCAUUUAUUUAAUCAAAUAAUCCAAAGAAAGAAGAUCCUGAAUUUAACAACGCAUUUUUUCUUGUAAAUGCUAAAAGCUUUUAUUUAACUAUGUUUACUUCAUUUGUAAUUUAUGCAAUCUCAAAAAUAAUCAAAAAGUUAAGUUGUAGCAUAUAUAGUAAUUUGUAAUAAUUCAAAAACUUUAAGAAACUAAAAAUAAUUUAUAUGAUCUUCAAUAAUAUAAAAUAGUUUUCUGAAAAAACAGCAAAUUACUUUAUUUAUUCUGGAAUGAUUAAAGUUUUUAUAUCUACAUAAUAUUAGUUAAUGUACAGUGCUUAUAGUUAAUGUCCAGAAUAUCAUUUUAAUAUGGAAUUUGAAAAUAUUUUUGUUACUUUUAACUCUUUCAAUGCAUUAUUUGCUAUUUCAAUACCUCAUUUAUUUCUCUUCUAUUCUAUAGUUGUUCUAUAAAAAUAAUACAAAAUAACUACUAAAAAUCGAUUUUCAAUAUUUUAUGAAAAUGUAAAAUAAACAUAUUGGUCCAGAUUCUUCAUUCCCUUUUCAAUGGUAAAAGUUGCUGUUUAUAUGGGAAUUGUUUGCUUUUUGUACAAUUCCCCUAUCAUUUAGGUUAUAUCAUUAACUAUAUUAUCUAAUGUUUACUUCUAUUAUCUUUUGGUUGUUCAACCAUGUACUUAAAAAUUAGAACUUAUCAAACUCAUUAUAAGAGAAAUUACAUUUUUAAUAAUUGUUUCAUCACUUUUUCCGUAUACAUUAGCUGUUGAUGAUAAAAUCAUUAGUUUAUUGGGAUGGAUUCAUAUUGGUUUUUUUUCACUAAUUAUUGCAUCAAACAUUAUAAUAGAUUUUAUUAAUUAAUUAUAACAAUUAUUUAAUAAAUAUUAGAAAAAUAAAUUAAAAAAAUUAAAAAAGAAAUAGCAAUAAGAGAACAAUUAGAAUUAUAACAGCUUUAUGAUCAUUUCAGAUGCUAAUUUAUAAAAUCAAAGGCUAGCAUCUAAAAAAUGA